AUGGCGGCGGCGAAUUUCAAAGUUUUACGUGGGCUCCUUCCCAUCGCGUUUUUAGCUGUCUUCGUUGCAGGUGAUGCCCCAAAACUUCUCAACAAGAGUGAGCUUGAUGAGCUAGUCAACCAAGGGAAACGUGUCGUCGCAAAUUUUGUUCAGGAUAACUGUCCCAAAUGUGCAACGUUUGGGCCUGAAUUCCUCAAAGCAGCAUCCAAACUAGUUGAUGAUAAAGAUGUUGAGUUUGUGCUUGUGAAAGACAAGGAUGUUCAUAUACGACAUGGUGUUUCAACAACUCCAUCCAUUCUCUAUUUUAGAGAAAAGACACCUAUUCUUUUUACAGAUGAGAUGAAAGCAGACCAUAUUGUGAACUUUGUACAAAACAGCCAAUCUGCUUUCACUAAAAGUCUGACUGAUGAUUCAUUUGAACAUCUUACCCAGGCUGCUACUGGUGCUACUACAGGAGACUGGCUUGUCCUUUUUCUUGAUCACAAUCAGGAAGAAAGUUUGAUGUUAAUUCCAACAUUAGAAGCAGCUGCGGAAGUUUUAAAGAACAAAGUGAAUGUUGCAACCGUUGAUGUAAUCCAAGAACCAUUUUUAGCUGAAAGAUUUGAAGUCGAUGAAACACCAUCGGGAGCCCUCACAGUUACCUUUGGGAGAGGCCUUCCGGCAUACAGUAAACCGCUUUUCCAUUGCUUCCGACUGGGUCGUAUGUACGGUUUUCACCUUCCUCAGUUUGACGUCUCCUCUGUGGUGUCUUUUGCUACCGGCUGGUAUAAAAAUUCUCGUGCUAUUCCUGUUGCCGUUCCCAAGUCACCAUUCUACAGAAAAGAGAGUGAUGAGUGGGCUGGAUUUGAACAGGAUCUUACUCUAGACUCCAUCUUGGCGUUCAUAGCAGAAGAAGAAGCAGCCAAGGGUGGCACCACUGUAAACACUAAGGAAAAACUGUAAGACUUUUGCCAUACAUGUUGUACUAUGGUAUUCCUGCAUGGGUUGUAUUUACAGUUUAUUCAUCAUGAAUCAAGAUGGCUGAUAUCUACAAACAUUGCAUGCAAUUAAUAGCUAUCAUUAAUACCACUCAAAACAGUCAAAAAGUAAAAUUGACUAACCUUUUUACCACAAGACAUUCUCACCC